AUGGCCGUCCUGGACGAAGAGCUCAAAGCGCCCAAUGCUCCUCAUGGCGUCACGACCACUGCAAAAUCAUACAAUGAUUGGCCAAACGAUGCGGGAUUUGAAACCUUCCACGAUGAAACAGAUCCCGUCGAGCUCAAAGUGUCGGGCAGAAUUCCAGCCUAUGCGGCAGGCAUCCUCUACCGCACGGGUCCUGGCGGCCAUCAAGUCACCACCCCCCAAAACAAAACCUUCGCCGUAUCACACUGGUUUGAUGGAUUCGCGCAAACCCACCGCUUCGAGCUCUUGCCGCCAUCGGAGGGGGAGUUCAUCACGCGCGUAAGGUACAAUUCACGGCACACUUGCGACAACCUCGUUGAGAAAGUCCGCAAUUCUGGCGAAAUGGCCAUGACAUCGUUCGGUCAACAACGAGACCCGUGCGAAUCCUUUUUCAAAAAGGUCAUGAGCUCCUUUCAAGCGGCGACUUCGGGGGGCAUCAAAGCCGCCGCGGACGUGAACGUAGGGGUGACGAUCAAAGCGAACAUGCCGGUGCCCGGCGAGUUGGCCAGCGGCGGAAAGGCGCAGCCCGGUUCAAACGACGACGAUUCUUCCCCCAAGAUCAACAACCUCUGGCUCAAAACCGACAACGCCACCCUCCAACGCAUCGACCCCACGACCCUCGAACCAAUCGACGCCGUCCGCCAGCCGAAACUCCACCCGGACCUCAAAGGACCCUUCACGGGCGCCCACUCCCGCACAGACCCCAUCACCGGAGAUUGGUACAACUACAACCUCGAAGUGGGUCGACAGCCAACGUACCGAGUCUUCUCCGUGUCCGCCAAGACGGGGGAAACCACCAUCCUCGCCACUCUCACCGGGGGACCGAUCAGGGCGGCGUACCUCCAUUCGAUCCUCCUGACGGAGCGCCACGUGAUCCUCUGCAUCUUCUCCGCCUACUACGCCAAAAACGGCGCCAAGGUCCUCUGGACGCGGAACCUGGUGGACGCCAUGGACUUCGACCCGGACCGGAAGAACCUCUGGCUGGUGGUCGACCGGCGGCACGGGCACGGCCUGGUGGGCAUGUACGAAUCGGAGCCCUUCUUCGCCUUCCACCCCGUCAACGCGUGGGAGCAAGCCUCGGCGACGGAACCCGGGAAGACCGACAUCGUCGCCGACAUCCCCACGUACCCGAACCUCGACAUCCUCAAGCGCUUCUACUACCACAACAUGAAAGGCACCGCCCCGGGCGCGCGCGACUACGUCGACGGCAAAGGCGCCACGUGCAAAGCCCGCCUGACCCGCUUCCGACUCCCCGACGUCGGCGGCGCCCGCGUCGCCCCGACGGCCCCCCGGGCCGCGCCAGCGCCCUGUCCGUGGCGCCCGCCGGCGACACGCCCGAACUGCCCAGCAUCAACCCGCAGCGCGCGACGAAGCCGCACCGCUACAUCUACGGCGUCUGCGACCGGGGCAACUCGACCUUCCUCGACGGGCUGA